CGGUGAUCAUGUUGUCAGUUUCGAUUAAAAAUUCUAUCAAUCAAGUUACACUUGAAUCGGUUACAAUGAAAAUCAACUUUGCGUUGCUAUCUUCCAUGUUAUUGAUAUUUGUUGUCAAUUAUUCUUGUGCGUCUGUCGUAAUUUGUUUCGUAAGAAAUGGUGUAAACGUAAACAGGACUUUUGACUCCGAAAUAGUCACGUACGCAGCUGCACGCGAAAGUCUGGAACUGACAGAGGAUGACAUUUUUGUAGACAGCAACCAUGCCAUUGAGCGAAGUCAAGAAAAAAGGAUGUUAGUGAGUGAUACAGAGUGUAAUGAAAUUAUCAUUCAAAGUGCAAGGUCUUCCAUAGAAGUUUGCAUUGUAAAUGAUCAUUGCAAAACAUUUCACUUGGAAAAUAACGCAAAGGUCAAGACCUUGCGCGAUAAGUUGCUCGCUUCAUUGCCAAAAUAUUACAGCGACGAAAAAUGUGCCGACAUUGUUUUUCUAAAUAACAAAGGGCAAGUGAUCCAGAGUGAAGACGAAAUAGAGGUGCCAUAUCGAAGUAUUGUGAAAAACGGUAGAAUCGAAGCAUACAAUAAAUUCAUCGACAAUACAAGCGAAUUAGAUAUCACAUGGCUUUUGUCCAAUCAUCGAGUGAAAGUGAACAUGCUUAUGUCAUUGAGUAGUUUGCGAUAUUGGAUAAUGAAACCAAAUGCUUGUCCUAAUUUAAAAAGUAAACUGAAUUUACCCGACAAGGCAUUGUUUCCAAAUGCUAUCGACGAUUUAGCACAAAAUUGGUUAGCUAGAGACAAACGCGCGCAACUCCAUCAAGUAACAAGCCGUAACGUGGUGAGUACUCAAUGGGUUGCACCGUACGCCCAUGAGGAAUCAUUGUCUAUAAAAUCUUAUGCUUAUAAGACUGAAAAAUCGGAAAUCCCAAGAUUAUACUACGUUAACGUCAACGAAAAAGAUAAAGUAGCUUUUACCGGUUCACGAACUGAUGAGUUUGAUGAUAAUCAUUUAACGCUCAAAAUAUCAUCUCGGUCGUCAAAAGACAAGAUACUUUUACCGUUAAAAGAUGUCCGAUCAACAAAUAAUCGAGCUGUAUCCUGGACUAACGUCGUCAUAGCAACAAAUAAUACUGCUGUUACUUUGACCGUCACAUGGAACAAUCAUCAACCCGGUUAUGCAUACGAUUGCGCUUUAUUCGAUUUCCGUGCAAACCAUGAAAGGCAUUAUUUAUUAACCUAUUUUUCCGAAAAUGAGAGAAGUACUCAUUGAAAAUGGACAAGAUCUUUCGAAAUUCCGAUACGAGCUAGGUGUGUCUAUGUAUCCUAAUCGUCCUGGUAAAUGGAGCUGUGAUAAACGUAGAAAGAGAGAAACACAAUCUAUUGCCAAUACUGACAUACAUCAAGAUCAGAUAAUAAUGGGCGGAGGAGGGAAGGGUAAUGUUACGAGCAAGCAUUUUUCAAAGAGAUCUUGCGUGUCACACGAAGAAGAAUAUAGAAUAGAGAAUAAGCGAUCAUUGUAUUUCAACGUUUUUAUUUUUAAAUCACAGGAGAUUGCUGAAAAAAUUAUUGAAGAUGUUGCCACAUUUUGAUAAAUAUAUCGAAUAUCUUUCUCCAUAAGUGUAAUUUUUUGCUAUUUUUACAUUGAAUAUUAAAACUUAUCAGGAACAACAUUCAAAUUUUGAAUUAUGAAUAAUGUUAUCAGAGACUAAAAACAAGAACUUGAAAGAAUUUGCAGUUUGCAAUUUUUAUAAAAUAUCUUAACGAUUUUUGUCAACCGUUCUGCAUAGAAAGAUAGUUUGUAAAGUUUGCAGUUCGAUUGAAUUUCGUAUUUUCAAACUUGAAUACUUGAUUAUUGCAAAUUGUCUUGUUAAUUUAUUUGAUACGCAAUUAUUUGUUGUAAUAUGUACUUUGUGCACUAAAUAUUUAUAUUUUAUUUUUCUUCAAAAGAGCUAACUAAUCUAGUUCUAAUGUAAUAAUGCAUAUAGGCAUUGUGUAAUUUCUUUUUAAUAUAUGUAUGUAUUCAUUUCACAGCUGUUUUCUUUACGCUACUACUUUUUGCGAUUAUCAGACCCAUUCCGAAAUGGUUCACAACACAUUAUAUAUAAAUAUGUAUUGGACAUUUUUUCCGCUGACAAUAAAGAAUAAUAAUGAGAAUAAUAAUAAUGA